UCAGUCACUUUCGUAGAUAAACGAGGACGUCUUGGUAAUUCUCCUAUGUCACCUCUUUCGUCCUGUUUUCUCAUGGAUUUGAUGACUGAUGGGGAUCCUUGUUUCAUCUCCAAUUUCAUCCUUCUCUCUUCCGAUUCUUCCUUCAAGCUGCACGCCAGCAAAGGCUGGCGUGGGAAUUUGGAGUUUUGACUUGAAUGAUUAAUGCAAUUGGGGCUCAUCUCUAACAUUUGGAAUUAUUAUGGUGAGAAUGGCCACCAAGGGCACCUGGGGUCCGGGUGUUAAUCUGGAGAGGAAUCCUCGGGGGUUUAUGAAUCUUCUGUCUUUUAUGGUUUCCGAAUGGUUGUUGAUAUUUCUGUUGUUCAUUGACGCUGCGUUAUCAUAUUUGCUGAUUAAAUUUGCGCGCUACAGAAAAUUGCAAACCCCUUGCCUGUUGUGUUCGAGGCUUGACCAUGUUUUUGGAAAUGAAAAACCUGAAUUUUACCGAAGUCUACUCUGUAGCAACCACAGAGGGGAAAUAUCAUCUUUGGCAUCCUGUAACAUCCAUGGUAAGCUUGCCGAUGCUUGUGGGAUGUGUGAAGAAUGUCUCACGUCCUUCCCUACACAGAACAAAUUGAACUCUGAAUCAUUCAGGUUGGACAUUGGUAAAUUAGGGGUUGAUCUCGAUCAGCAUGGUCUUCAAAACUCAAUUCCAAAUAAGAAUAUUAGCCUGGGUUCUCUGAGCACAAGCACCUGUUCUUGUUGCAAUAAGAUAUGGAGAGCUAGGCCAAAUGCCCAAAGACUGCUGCAGUUAAAUCCACUUGGAAUUGGGACAGUUAAACCUAAUGCUAAACCUCCUUUGCCUCGUUUUCAAGGUCGUGCCCGCUUAAAACGCCGAGAUAGCAUUAAGAAAAUCAGGAACAAAUUUGCAGGGCCAACACCUCGUCUUAUUGGAAAUAGAGCUGCUGAUCCCUUGUCUCACGUAGCUUACACCGAGGUCAAAAUUACUUCAGACUCUGAGUCUGAGUUCCCUUUUUCUGAAGAUGAUGAUGGAAUUUUCAUGGCUUGUGAAAAUAUUGAUACAAAGGAAGUUCUUGUUGAUCAACUGAGUUCAGGUGAACUGCAUUCUGACAAUCUGGCCCCCGCCGAGAAGUUCCAACAAGCUUCUGGUGAUGCUAACCUGCCACCUAAUGUUGAAGGUUUGGCAUUUGACAGAAACAUAAGACAUGGUUCAAGAAAAUUUAACUGGGAACGAGCUAAUAGAAGGGCUAAUCCUUCUCCUCCACCUGAACUUAUUUCAUUGGAUGUCAUUCCCUCUUCAUCUAAUGUUGUAGAAGUUCCCAAUGGCAUAUCAGCAAAUAACCUUGAUGAUUAUUCAACUCAGAAUUCCAGCAUAUUUCCCCUGUCCGAUCUUGUUCCUCAAAAUGACCUUCCUCCAUCUUCCACUGUCAUGGAAUAUCUCGUUCGAGUUCCAUCAGAGAAGAAUUUUGUUGGAACCAGUGAUGUCGAAAAUAAGUCUCUGAUCAAGCAUAUUGAGGAUUCUGAGUUGAUGAGUAUAAGAACUCCAACAGGCUUUAAAAGUGGUCAGAUGUUGAAUGAUACUGCUUCACCAAUGUCAAAAGGUGUGGAUUCAAGUGAGGAGUGCAAGUCAACUGACAGUAAUAAAGGAAGAGAAGUUUAUGCAUUGCUCUCAGAACCUGAUUCUGAGAAAGUCCUUGAUGAAAUAUUAUCUAUUCAUGGCAUUGAUCCAUCACUGACUGAUACAAGUCCCAGUGUGCAUGACCAACAUGACGAACUCCAGAGAAAUGAUGCUUCUAGCUCUAAUGAAAUUUUGAUGCUUCAGAAGUCAACCUCAUCAGAGAUGAAUGACUUCGGUCAUGAAUUUGUUGAUGGAAGCAGUGUCCUUGAAAUUGAGGGUGAAAAUGUUGUUGAUAGGCUAAAACAACAGGUUGACCAUUAUAAGAGAUGUAUGAGCACUCUAUCUAGGGAAUUAGAGGAAGAAAGAAGUGCUUCUGAAGUUGCCACAAAUCAGGCUAUGGCCAUGAUUACAAGGUUGCAAGAAGAGAAGGCAUCAAUGCACAUGGAGGCCUUGCAGUACUUAAGAAUGAUGGAGGAGCAAGCGGAAUAUGAUAUGGAGGCACUGGAAAAGACCAAUGAUCUCCUAGCUGAAAGGGAGAAAGAGAUGCAAGAUUUGGAAGCAGAAUUAGAAUUUUACAAUUUUAACUUCCCUGGCAAAAAUAUGGGGGAAACUCUACUUGGAGUAACUGACAACUCGAAAGUGAGAAACACCCAUAUUGAGAAUGGUUGCAUUGCUCAUGCCAAAAGUAGUGACAUUAUCACCUGUGAAACAUCAAGGACAGUGUCUGAAGACACUGCUAAAAAGAACAAUGCGAAGUUAGAUUUUGAGGAUGAGAAAGUCUACAUUUCACAAUGUUUGAAGAAUUUGGAGAGAAAGCUGAAUCAAGUUUGUUGUAACAAAUCAUCUCUUGACAUGCCAUUAGAUAAAGCAGCAAUAAAGAAUCUGACAAUGUCUCCUUCUAGUGGGGGGAUUCAAACUGAUCAGCAGAAGGAAGAGAAUGAUCUGCUGAUGCAAAAAAAUCUAUCUGCGUUGAAUGCAGGCCUUUCUACUGAAGAAGGUUCUGACCUCUCAGUUGAGCACGAUGAUUUGGUCAAGGGGAGCAAUCAUCUUGGUCCUGAUGGGCAAGAAUCCGCCAAUAAUGGUGGAGGUAAUGACUUGAUUGCUCUAGCAACUGCAAUCUCAGACCUUAAUGGCAGGUUGGAAGCACUUGAGGCUGAUCGUAAUUUUCUUGAGCAUGCUUUUAAUUCACUUAGAAUUGGGGAUGAGGGAUUACAUUUCAUUCAAGAAAUAGCUCAUCAGCUGCAAGAAUUGCGGAAAAUUGGAGUUGAGAAGAAAAGUCUAUGUGUUCCUUGAGUUCAUGUGCCUGCAAUAACCAGUUUCUUGGCGAGAAUAAGAACUGAUCAGAAAAAACCCUGCUCCAUCAGUGCCACUAUAUUGGUUUAAAUGCGCCGAGGCAACAUUGCACCCCAGUAGACUGCCUGCAAAUUUGAUGCAAUACAGAUUCUUUGUACAGCUGCCCUCCUGUGUAAAAAGAACAUUUGGUUCUGUAAGUGUUUAUGUCAAAUUUGAUGCCUCUUGCUGCGAGUUUUGCUAAUCUAAUUUUGAUUUCCUGUGUUCUGUUGUAGACUUGGCAGGAUCAUUUUUUUUUUUUUUUUCCCCCUGAAACAAGAGAUCUUUGUGUAACCAUCAGUAUUGCCCUCAAGGUUGGCAAUGGAAGUCCAGAUGGACUCUGGUACGUUUGCAUCACAGUAAUUGUAGAUAAGAGAAUUUGCCCGCAGUUGUUUGCUAUCCCAGUAGUAGUGAUAAAACAAUUGGAUUCUCAAAUUCACUGUCCUUUGAGUGAACGGUCUCUAAGUUUGCCAUAUAUUGCCUCUUGAAGGAUGAAUGCAAAGGCACAUUC